UACGCUCAACCCUGCCUGAACUUUUGCUGUAAACAGAGCUCGCUGACAGAGCGGCAUCCCUGCUGGGUGGAUCCUGCAACUCCUGGAGGGGAUGGCACUUCUUGUUUUUAAUUAGCAAGGUGAAAGGUGAAUUAAAACUAGCUAUUUGGCAAGUCAGUACAAGAGGCUGACUUCUGAGGGGCUUCAGCGAGCCCGGAGAGAAGAGCUGUACGGGUGGAAGGCAGUGCGUGUGCUCGGGUUUUGGAUGUUUUUUUUUUUCUUCCCCUGAAUGAACCGCUUGCAGAAGUGACUACAAAAAUACAGGUUCUUCCUGAAUCUACCGGCAUAGUUACUGAAGAGAGCUCUAGACAGGACAUGGCUCAGAAGACUCACUCCUUGGAAUGUCCCCUUGCUCCCGGCUUAUAAACAACUGUCCUGGGGAAAAGCAGGUUUUACAGACCCAGAUACAGCCUGACAAAUGGCACUUUGGAACUGUGCUUUCUGAUGACAGCGCCUUCGAUUUCUGACAAAGCCUCUUGCACGCUGCCCCUGGAGGGAAGUCCGAAGUAAAACUCACCCCGCCUGGAAGUGAGGAUUGCAGUGCAGCAUGGCAUCGGCGGGGCACCUUGUCACCUGGCUCCUGUGGGGCUGCGUAUUGGAGCUCUGGACAGGGGGUCACACAGCCGAGACCCCGCACCCCCGGUUACGCCUGUCACAUAAAGAACUCUUGGAUCUAAACAGAACAUCAGUAUUUCAUAGCCCUUUUGGAUUUCUUGAUCUCCAUUCCAUGUUGCUGGAUGAAUAUCAAGAGAGACUCUUCGUGGGAGGCAAGGAUCUUGUGUAUUCCCUCAGCUUGGAAAACAUCAGCAGUGGCUAUAGAGAGAUACACUGGCCUAGUACAGCACUGAAAACAGAAGAAUGCAUAAUGAAAGGAAAAGAUGCUAGUGAAUGUGCAAACUAUGUUCGGGUUUUGCAUCACUAUAACAGGACACACCUUCUGACCUGUGGUACCGGAGCUUUUGACCCGCUUUGUGCCUUCAUCAGAGUGGGAUACCAUUUGGAGGAUCCCCUUUUUCACCUGGAAUCACACAGAUCUGAGAGAGGAAGGGGCAGAUGCCCUUUUGACCCCAGCUCCUCCUUCAUCUCCACCUUAAUUGGUAGUGAGUUGUUUGCUGGACUCUACAGUGACUACUGGGGCAGAGACGCCGCCAUCUUCAGGACCAUGGGGCGGCUGGCGCACAUCCGCACUGAGCAUGACGACGAGCGCCUGUUGAAAGAGCCAAAAUUUGUGGGUUGUUAUAUGAUCCCUGACAAUGAAGACCGAGAUGACAACAAAGUGUAUUUCUUUUUUACCGAGAAGGCCCUGGAGGCAGAAAACAAUGCCCAUACGAUUUACAGCAGAGUGGGGAGACUCUGCGUGAAUGACGUUGGAGGACAGAGAAUCCUGGUGAAUAAGUGGAGCACCUUCCUAAAAGCUAGACUGGUUUGCUCAGUACCAGGAAUGAAUGGAAUUGAUACCUAUUUUGAUGAAUUAGAGGAUGUUUUUCUGCUGCAUACCAGAGAUCAUAAGAACCCAGUGAUAUUCGGCCUCUUUAACACUACCAGUAACAUAUUUAGAGGGCAUGCUAUAUGUGUUUAUCACAUGUCUAGCAUCCGGGCAGCCUUUAAUGGACCAUAUGCACAUAAAGAAGGACCUGAAUACCACUGGUCACUAUAUGAAGGAAAAGUCCCUUAUCCAAGGCCUGGUUCUUGUGCCAGCAAAGUGAAUGGAGGGAGGUACGGAACCACCAAAGACUAUCCCGAUGAUGCCAUCCGGUUUGCAAGAGGCCAUCCACUUAUGUACCAGCCCAUAAAACCUGCCCAUAAAAAACCCAUACUGGUAAAAACAGAUGGAAAAUAUAACCUGAAACAAAUAGCAGUGGAUCGAGUGGAAGCUGAGGAUGGUCAAUAUGAUGUCUUGUUUAUUGGGACAGAUAAUGGAAUUGUGCUGAAAGUAAUCACUAUUUACAACCAAGAAACAGAAUCAAUGGAAGAAGUAAUUCUGGAAGAACUUCAGAUAUUCAAGGAUCCAGUUCCUAUUAUUUCUAUGGAGAUUUCAUCAAAGAGACAACAGCUGUAUAUUGGAUCUGCCUCUGCCGUGGCCCAAGUCAGGUUCCAUCAGUGUGACAUGUACGGAAGUGCUUGUGCUGACUGCUGCCUGGCUCGAGACCCUUACUGUGCCUGGGAUGGCAUAUCCUGUUCCCGGUAUUACCCCACAGGCAUCCAUGCAAAAAGGCGGUUCCGCAGACAAGAUGUUCGGCACGGAAAUGCAGCUCAGCAGUGCUUUGGACAGCAGUUUGUCGGGGAUGCUUUGGAUAAGACUGAAGAGCGAUUGGCCUAUGGCAUAGAGAACAACAGUACUUUGCUGGAAUGUACCCCGCGGUCUUUACAAGCAAAAGUUAUUUGGUUUGUGCAGAAAGGACGUGACACAAGGAAAGAAGAGGUGAAGACCGAUGACAGAGUGGUUAAGAUGGACCUUGGCUUACUCUUCCUAAAGGUACGCAAAAUGGAUGCUGGGACGUACUUUUGCCAGACAGUAGAGCAUAGUUAUGUCCACACCAUCCGUAAAAUCACGCUGGAGGUAGUGGAAGAGGAGAGAGUGGAGGAAAUGUUUAACAAAGACUAUGAAGAGGACGGGCCUCGCAAGAUGCCUUGUCCUGCUCAGAGCAGCGUCCUGCAUGGAGCCAAACCCUGGUACAAGGAGUUCUUGCAGCUGAUUGGUUACAGCAACUUCCAGAGAGUGGAAGAAUACUGCGAAAAGGUAUGGUGCACGGAUAAGAGGCGAAAAAAGCUUAAAAUGUCCCCUUCCAAGUGGAAGUAUGCCAACCCGCAGGAAAAGAAGCUCCGUCCCAAAGCCGAGCACUACCGCCUGCCCAGGCACGCGCCGGGCUCCUGAUGGGGCCACACCGUCUCCCAGCGUCCGAAGAGUUUAUGUUUAGGAACUAAAACAGAAGAGGAGAGAGGAACAUGCAGCCAUUCUCUGCAGUACUUCAAAGAGAUUUCUGUAAUACAGAAAGGACUAGGAAGGUGUUAUGAUAAGUUAUUCUACAUACUUACUGGACGGGUUAAACCUCACGUUAACUAAAUUUUUUUUUCAAGAAACAAGUGUAUUGCUUGAUGAUUUCACAUUAUAUUUGUCCAAAAGUGACCACAGCUGUACUUUUAAGUACUUGGCUGCUUUUCCAUGACAAUUAUUAUUUUACCUUUGAGAGACUUAAGAUUAUUGCAAUAUUGAUGAAAAAUUAGAGAUUUUCAUCAUCAUGGAAGAAAUGUUUUAAUUUUUCUGAAUUUUGCCUUUCCACCAUGAUGUAAAAUAUGUAGAAUAUCAGAUACUCUAACAUUCUCAUGUGAACCAUCUUUUUAAGAAUUAUAUUGGUGUUGUUUAAGCCAUGAAUUCUAUCAGGCAGGUGUGUUGUAAUUAUUGUAAACCAUGGAAGAAAAACUAUGGUCAUCUUGAGGCAUGUGCCCUUAAUGAAACAUUUAUCAAACCACAUUGGCAAUAGUUAUGUUUCAUGAUUAAAACACAUUCUUUCAAUUUCACUCCAGUGCAGGAAGAAUGAAGUUAAGGUAACUUUUCAGAAAAAUAGCGAAGAAUGUCAAAACAGAUGGAGUGUCAGAACUCUAACUGAAAAUAUUUUUGCUGCCCUCUUGUGGUAGAAAAGGUAUAGUCUUAUAUCCUUUUAAAUUCUACAGAUUGUUUAGUUAAGGUUUGAAAGCAGUUUUUCAGUACAUACGUCUAGUCCAUUUUCAGCAAAAACUAACAACUAAAAAUGUGUUAAUGCCUAUGUCAUGUUUUAAGAUGGAGAUAUGUUUAUAAAUAAUUUAUUACCUCACAAACCAAAAAUGAAGAUACUACAGCACUCUGAUAGAACUUAAAUUGUAUGCGUUCUAAAUAAUCUUCCUUGAAAUCUGUAAGAUUCCACAAAUAUAGUUUAUUAUUUUAAAAAAUUAAAGCAUUUUUCUCUCAGAUAUCAAAAUUUCCUUUCUAUUUUACAUUAACAAAUAGGAAGAUUGUCUUACGAGGUUCACUGAACUACCAAGAUGUUCAGAGUAGCAUUACUUUUAUAAAUAUUAUAAGAAGUUUCUGUUUUUGAGAAUGCUUGUUUCCUGAAGUCUUUCCUUUUCCUAUUUUAUUUAGCCAUUAACUUUCCAAAGUAUGAAAUUCUGAGAGUUUUCAUUAAAUAAAAACUAAAAACAAGUGAAUUACACGUGAAAGCAAUUAUAUUUAUUUAAAUGUUUAUUUUGAAUAAUACUCAUUUCAGUUUUCAAAAUUAGCUCAUAGGCUAUAUAAUUAAGAAAGUUGACUUGUGAUGGUUUGAAAAUUUCAUUCAAAAAUUAACAAAUUUAAGGAAGUUUGAAAAGUUCAUUCGGGAAGCCACCAAGCUCCAAAAGUUCUAAAGGAUACAAAUAUAUGGGAAAUUAACACUCUGGAAAAUGCAGUUGUUGUUUUUCCCCUAAAAAUCCACCAGAGGUCGUUGCUGCCCACCAAUAUUAACUGAAGAUAACGUGUAUUUCAGUAAAAACCUGCCCAAUGUGGAGCAGUAGAAGCAUAACCACAGAUCAGAGGGUCCUUAGCAAAGUUUAUGUCUGAAAUACCUAAAGUGAACAGAUAAGGCAAUGCACAACUGAUUGAAUAUAUUCUUCUGUUAAUACGAGAAGGGAAAGCAGGGUUUUCUCCUGUAUUCAGUUUUUUUUUUUUUUAAUAAGGCAGAUGUGGUAUAAGUAGUUAUUUUAAUCUCAGUAGCACACAAGCAGUUUAUAAUAAUGAUAGCAACGAUGUCAAUUGUGGAAUAAAAUAUUUGUUAACUGAAGAGUUAAGACUGAGGAAAAAAGCUUUCUAUGACAUGUCUUAGGAAUUAAACAAUCCUACAAACUGUUCAAUUCAAUGAGAUGACAAUUUUAACCAGAAAAAAAAAAAGCUUUUAAAAAUGCUGACUUGAAAGAAGCCAGAUAAGAAAAUUUUGAGGACUCAAGUCCACAAUUUAGGGGGAGCACUAAAUUUCAUAUACACUAUUUUUCCAUUUUCUCAGUGUUCGGCUCUGCCUGUGUCUCGGUCUCUGUCUCUCUCCCCUGUCCUUCCUUCCUCAUACCCUUUCUUUUGUCCCCCAUACAUGAGUGCAGGUACACAUCCCCCCCAUGACAUACUUCAAGAUAAAUCACCAUUGCCCUCUCAAAAGACAAACCAGUAACCUGUGUUGCCCUGUCCUUGAGAAUCUGCAGCAUAUCACAAAAACAUAUUUUCUGUCUAUUGUUCUGUCUGGCAUUAGAAUUCAAAUUUAGAAUCUCCUUUGAGAAAUGCCCAUGCUUGGAAAAUCACAAAUGAAUUGAUCCCCUUUAUCCCCUUUUCCUUGACCUCAGGAAGGGCACAUGCCUAGUCACCUGCAAGGCUUGGGGGAAUCUAGAGUCUGCCUUGACCCCAGCACAUUUUCCCAAGGCACUGUGCCCUCUGGGAACACGCAGAUGGGAAAGAAUCGUGACCGCUCAUUCUAGUUUCCAAGGAGCAGCUCCAGUCAGGGUCAGCCCUGCUUCUUCAGACCUCCUCCUUGAUACUUGCUGUUGAGGGGCAGGGUCUCUGAAGAGAUUGAGCUGUAACAUAAAAAAAAAAACAAAGUACCCCUCUUCUUUCAGUACCGUGUCACCCAUUGAGCUAGACAGAUGCCCAUUAGCGAGGAGGAUUUCAACUUAAGUGGAUCUUAGUUUAUGAUUUGUGAGGUCUCUUCCACAUCUAACAUUCUACAUAGCUAACUUUUUCUUUUGUAUUUAUUACUGAAUAUUUCAGUGCAAAGCUAUCAACUUGGAGAAACAGGGAUUAAAAAUAUAAACACUAAUCAGAGCUCUAGAGAAAAGGGAACAGAAAGUCUUUGCCUGCUUGGUAAGUGGCAAUGCCAAAUAUCUUACAGAAUUUUUUUCUUUCCUAAAAUUAGUUAAGUACUUAGGAUCUUUUUAUCAAGUGUUUAAUGUUUGCUCUAGGGUGUCAGGUUUUGUAAAUCUUCAUAGUGAUUAUGAACAUUUGUAAAAUUUGUAAAAUACAGUAAAUUGUUUUGAGUGUUGGUGUUAAGCAUGAAACAAACACAGGAACUGUUGUCCUUAAAAGGAACUGUCUUUGGCCUGGCAGAUAUAUUAAAAAUAUUAAUUAGCAUUGUGUAGCUCUUUAAGAUCCCAGGAGAAAGCACCAAAGUCAUGGUGACAAUGAGCUGAUGUCCUUUUUCCUCCAUCAGAGUACCACACUGAGUGACUUCUUCAGCAACUGUUGCAUUUGAAUCAGAUAUGAAUGAUAGAUUUUUCCAUGUACAUUUUUGAUGGUAGUGUGUUAUUUAAGCUGGUCUAUUUUAUUUUUCUUGGGAAGAUAGCAUUAUAAUUUGGCUUGCAUUAUAAAUUGAAUGUGUUCUGUUUGUGUUUAAAUGGCUUAGUUACAAGCUAGAGGACUACAUGGGGGUAUUUUUGUCUUUAUGGCUUUCUUUUACUUGCUUGCCUGCGUUCAUGACAGCAUGUGCUAUAUUAUUUCUUCUCACUGACUGUAAGCCAUGAGACUUAUUACCAUCUGGUGGCAAGCUGCAAAGACCACUGACAACACAUCUCUUUGACUAUCACGUGGAUUUGCCACUAUGUGCUGCAUCAUGUGUCUGUAUGGUUACGUAUAAUUUCUGUUUCGUUCAGCUUAGACGAUAAAGAAAUAAAUAUUGGCUAAACCUUUAA